CGACACCGCCCCACAGAAAAGCACGCCAAGCACACUGACCCGCUCCAAGAUCUUCAUAAAGGACCCACACACUAGAAAUAUCAUAAAGAUCCUCUUAUCAACGUAAAAAAAAUGAAAUUCUUUUCAUUUACCAAACAAUGAGCUCCCUCUGUUGGCUGAUGGACAAUAACUUGUCCCCAACCCCUGUACCAGUUAUAAAAGAGAAACACCCUCUAUCACACUGACUCACUCAGCCCGGAUCUUAAGCAGAUUUGUGCUGCUCUUGCCCGAUCUGGUCCUUUCGCUGAAUGAGCACGGCGGGUGGUUUUGGGAGCAGAGCUGAGGUGAGGAAACCUUCGCGCCGAGUUCCAGGGGAUGUCGGCGGCAUCAGAUGUUCACUGAAGGUGCCCGCAGCCUGCACGCUGUAAGACCGGGGAAAGGCUACCAUGGCGUACCCCAUCCUGCCCAGCAACGCCAGCGGCCCCCAGUGCACCCAGGAGAGCGCCGAAGAGAACCUGUUCUUCUCCUCCUUCUACGGGGUAGUGUUUGUGCUGGCGUUUGUGGGCAACAUCCUUGCCGUGUGGGUCUUCUCCUGCGAUAACCACACCAACACCACCACCAACAUCUACCUGAUGCACCUGGCGGUGGCGGACCUGUCCUAUGUGCUCAUCCUGCCCAUGAGGAUGGUGUACCACCUGAGCCAGAACCACUGGCCCUUCGGAGAGGUGCCUUGCCGCAUCACCGGCUUCCUCUUCUACCUCAACAUGUAUGCCAGCAUCUUCUUCCUGACCUGCAUCAGCGCCGACCGCUUCUUGGCCAUCGUCUACCCGGUCCGGUCCAUGCGGGUCCGCAAGCCGCUGUACGCCAACAUCGCCUGCGUCGUCCUGUGGGUGCUAGUAGUUCUGGGAGUGGCUCCCAUGCUGGGAGCGCCCCAAACUCUGCAGAGCAGCAAUACCACCACCGUGUGCCUGCAAUUGUACCGGGAGAAGACGUCCAGCUUUGCUCUGGUGCCCUUGACCGUCGGCUUCGUGGUCCCUUUUGUCACCACGGUCACCUGCUACCUGCUCAUCAUCCACAGUCUCCGCAGGGGCAACCGGAUCGAGAGGCACUUGAAGGACAAGGCCAUAAAGAUGAUCAUCCUGGUGCUCACCAUCUUCCUCGUUUGCUUCGUGCCCUACCACGUCAACCGCUACCUGUACAUCCUGUCCACCAGCACCGUCCCCUCCAGCUGCCGGGACAGGCGGCUGAUCGCCCUCAGUAACCGCAUCACGUCCUGCCUCACCAGCCUCAACAGCUGCCUCGACCCCGUCGUCUACUUCUUCGUCGGGGAGAAGUUCCGGGAGCGCUUCUGCCACUUUGUGUGCGGCCGCAGGAAGAGGACGCAGUCCAUCAGCCAUGAGACCAAGACUAACGAGAGCUCCCUCAGCGGCAAGUCGGAGCUCUAGUGGGACUGGCGAGUGACGGCUCCCCCUGCCCAGCGGCCGCUUGUUGUUGCAGUGGGUGUGGGUGUGGUUGGUGUGUGGUGGGGGUGGGGUGUAUGGUUGGCGCGUGUGAGGUUGGUGUGUAUGUGAGAGAGAGAGAGGUUGGUGUGUGUGUAGUGUGUGUGGUUGGUGCGUGUAAGGUUGGUGUAUGUGUGUGGGGUCGGUGUAGGCGUGUGUGAGGGUGUGUCUGUGUGUGUGUGUGUGUGAGGUUGGUGUGUGGGGGGAGGGGAUUAGUUUGUGUGUGAGGCAGGAGAGUGUGUGUGCGAGGUUGGUGGGUGUGUGUUCUGUGUCCGUGUGCACAUAUUGGUUAAAUUGUCGAGAUUCACUUCUCAAUCAUCGCAACGUGGAUUUGACUGGAGAGUGCGUUAGAUAAAUACAAAUCAAUCUGAUGCCAAUCAUUGUUACUCCAGUGAAGUCCCAGUGGACACACAGUACUGAACCUGUAGCCGGAGUGAAGUCGGUCAGCACACACCCGUGAGACCACCGUCGGUGUUUGAUGUCAGAUCGAGAUAGAAGUGUUAGUGAAUACAUCAAUGAAACUCUGAGUGGACCCAGGAUGACGUUUGACUUUUCAGAGGCUGGUUUGAGCAUUGAGAUCCUACCCUCGAGUACAUCACAGCUGGAUAAAAAAGCAGCAGCCACAUCUGUGCCCCUCUGUCCAGCUGAGCUUGGAUCUCCAUGAUACUUAGUGACAAAUUAAAUGAAGGAGUGAACUCGUUAAAAGAAAAGUGAUGCUGGAAUUAUCAAAGACAACUUUCCCAGAGUAGUCACGGGGUGGGGAGGUAGU